AUGGCUCCACGAAGAACGAGAAAAGUCAGUCAAAAUUCAGAAGGUCAGUCCGACGGACAACAAAACUUUGAACAUAAGAUUAAACUCAACAAGAGAAAGGAACUGUUCAUACAACAGUUUGAGAAGGAAGCUCAGGAUCGGAUAAAUGAAAUGGAGACCAAUCUGAACAAAUUACUGGCAACUGUCGACCGAGUCUUCAAGAUAGAGCUGAUGAAGAUGCCACACUCGCUUCACACCACGCUGAUAAAAGACCUAAUGGGUGAUCACGACACAUCCGUCGGAGAGGUCACGAUGGCAAUCACGUGUGGAUCUCCAGAAUUUCGUAAACCCCUAACUCGGAAGCCAAGCAAAAAAGGAUUAAGUGACACUGGAACACAACAGAGGUCAUCGGGUCAAAGCAAGACCACUUCAUUGGAAGGCACAAAGAAAUGCAAGAAGACCCUGCAUGCCAGUAACAGCACCGGAAGUCUGCGAUGUGCUUCAUCUGUCAGUGCAAAAAGAACCCAAGGGCGGGUUGCCAAACUCAGUGACCAAGCCUUUGGUUUAGGGGGUAAACCGCGACAAGCAAGUCGCUCCGUUGGUGAUGAAAUGAUGGCUACUGCUACUAUAGUAACAUCCCAAGGAGAAACUCUGUACCUUUCCGAGGACAACAAAGAUGACAUAAAUGUUGAUCUGCUUGAUGAUUCUGCUGUGGGUCAAAUGCGAAAGAUCAAGGAGCUGAUGGAGUACUUGUGUAACAAAGUGUUCAAUAACACUCGCUGA